CAAAGUGAGCGAGUUCCGCUUUCGUCCGAGCUUCGUUUUCACGGCAGCAGGGAUCGCCUGUUUCCUCUUCGCCAACAACCGAGAGACCAAGGCAAAGGUGGAGAAUCACACGCACAGAUUUGUUUCGGUUUUACCGGGUCGACGAAUAAAAUAAUCCAUUCACAUUUGAGACGCUCCGAUAAAUUUUGCGACGAGCACGUAGCCGAAGCGCCUGCUGUGUCCAAGGGCUGUUGCUGCUUCCCUGUCGGCGGCCUCUCCUCGGACCUCGUUGGCCAAUGGAAGAGGCCUACGCUGAGCUAUAUCGUGAGUUCCUGCAUCUGCGGUCAAUAUGUAUGAAACAAGCUGCCCUUCUCGGUCAACUCAUGGAGACAGUGAAACGGCUACAAGGUAUGCACAUGGAUGCCACAAUGCCUAACCUUAACCAGUGCUCAGAGAAGGAGCACAAAUCUGCUCCUAAUGGACCCAGUGUCCAAGCAAACAAGCUGCUUCCCGCCGCUGCCCGCAAUAUAAAUGUCGCCAAAAGAGGAAGUGACAACAAUACGUGCCACCUGGCUGACAGUUUGAACAGACUGCAACUGCAUGCUGCCAGAGCACCUGACAACAGAGAAACCAAGGGUCACAGGGUGGACGGCCAAGACCCUUUUGUACCUUUUGGGGCUAACAGAGUGUCCCCUGGGGGUUUGGUUGACCUUCUGCGAGCAGAACAGCAUUUGAGACAGGAGCACAGAGCUAUGGGAGGGAUGAAUGAUUUGGGGGCUGUGGGCAAUCAUGCAACAGCACAAGAUCGUAAGCUGCCGCUGCCUACCCAGGGGCCCUGGAUGAACAGCUCCUUUUUGAAUAGCGAGAUGCUGAGUCAAGCUGGCGGCUUUCUGAUGUCUGAGGCAGCGCUGCACUCCCAGGUGUGUGAGUUCUGCCAUGCGGUCUUCCCAGGGAGCAGCACCACCAUGGGGGAGUUUCUGCGCCACCUCAACACACAUAUCACCUGAAAAUGGGCCGGCAUGGUGCGAGAUACAAAGAGGCUCCUAAUUAUAUAUGUAUGUAUGUAUGUAUGUAUGUAUGUAUAUAUAUAUCUGUGUGUGUGUGCGUAUACAUAUA